AGUCGGCUCGGUAGCACCCGCUUCGCUGCACACGCUCUCUGCUCGCGUCUACGAGACCAGCCGGCCAUCCGCAGUUUUCCGUCACGGGAGGAGGACGUUCGAGGGAUCAGCUGUUGUCAGACGGCGCAUCGUUUCUCCCCGGUUCGCAAAGGGCACUCGAGGCGCGCGACUAAGCUCAGGAUGAGGGAGAUCGUGCAUCUGCAGGCUGGACAAUGCGGGAACCAGAUCGGCGCAAAGUUCUGGGAAGUGAUCUCCGAGGAGCACGGCAUCGACCAGUCCGGAAUCUACCACGGGGACAGCGAUCUCCAACUGGAACGGAUUUCCGUCUACUACAACGAGGCUUCCGUCGCCACCUCGACGAAUGGGGGCAAAUACGUGCCGAGGGCUAUACUUCUCGACCUGGAGCCGGGCACCAUGGACGCGGUGCGCUCCGGCGCCUACGGGAAGCUCUUCAGGCCGGACAAUUUCGUGUUCGGUCAGUCGGGCGCCGGCAACAACUGGGCCAAGGGUCACUACACCGAGGGAGCUGAGCUGGUCGACUCGGUGCUCGACGUCGUCCGGAAGGAAUGCGAAAACUGCGACUGCCUCCAGGGAUUCCAGCUGACCCACUCGCUCGGAGGCGGCACCGGCUCCGGAAUGGGGACGUUGCUCAUCUCGAAGAUUCGCGAGGAGUAUCCCGACCGGAUCAUGAACACUUACUCGGUGAUGCCGUCGCCGAAAGUCUCCGACACAGUGGUCGAGCCGUACAACGCGACCCUCUCCGUGCACCAGCUCGUCGAGAACACCGACGAAACCUAUUGCAUCGACAACGAAGCCCUAUACGACAUCUGCUUCCGUACCCUGAAGGUCUCCAAUCCCAGCUACGGGGACUUGAACCACUUGGUCUCGCUGACCAUGUCCGGCGUGACGACCUGUCUCAGGUUUCCCGGCCAGCUGAACGCCGACCUGAGGAAACUGGCGGUGAACAUGGUCCCGUUCCCCCGGCUUCACUUCUUCAUGCCGGGCUUCGCGCCGCUGACCUCCAGGUCCAUGCAACAGUACUCGGCGCUCUCGGUGCCGGAGCUCACGCAACAGAUGUUCGACGCGAAGAACAUGAUGGCGGCCUGCGACCCCAGGCACGGUCGAUAUCUGACCGUGGCGGCGGUCUUCCGCGGACGGAUGUCCAUGAAGGAGGUCGACGAGCAGAUGCUCAGCGUCCAGAACAAGAACAGCUCCUACUUCGUCGAGUGGAUCCCGAACAACGUCAAGACGGCCGUCUGCGACAUUCCGCCCAAGGGCCUGAAGAUGUCGUCGACCUUCAUCGGAAACACCACCGCCAUCCAGGAGCUGUUCAAGAGAAUCUCCGAACAGUUCACCGCCAUGUUCCGUAGGAAGGCGUUCCUGCACUGGUACACCGGCGAGGGAAUGGACGAGAUGGAGUUCACCGAGGCCGAGUCGAACAUGAACGACCUGGUCUCCGAGUACCAGCAGUACCAGGAAGCCACCGCCGAGGAAGACUUCGAGGCCGAGGAGUGCGCCGACGACUUCGAGACCUGCGAACAGGAGUAGACGCGCUCGCCGGGAUUUCUCGGCCUCGUCGAGGGAUUCCUACUUUUGCCUUUUCUCGCGGUCACUUUUCCUAUCCUCUCCCUCUCUCUUUCUCUCUCUCCUCUCGACUCUCUCCCUUCACCGACUAGCUCCAAAGGUUUCAGAGAUUUCCAUUUCUCGAUUGCUCGCCUCGCUUCGGUUUCCCGAGUACCGUACCGUUCACCGUCUUUUUUGUACUUUUAUACGCGACGAGUCUCGUCCUCUUUUCGUUUCCCGAGUGUUUCUUGAACGACGACGGUGCGAUCGGUACGACGCGAAAUCCGAUCGAAGGGCGCAACGAAUAAGUACGCGAGAACAGCUGGGGUGGAAAGAUGCUGCGAAGCGGCAGGAGAGCGCACGGAGAGGGAAGCGAAGAGGA